GUUAUAGAUAUAUUCACAUAUAUCUAUCUCUCACAUCUAUUUGUUCACAUAUAUACAUAUUUGUAAUAGAAAACUUUAAAAUUAGUUAACUUGCGAAGUUAACUGUGACAAAUGGAUAUUUCUUGUGAAAAAAUUAUUGAAUUUGUUCACGGUAAUUUUUGACAAAAGAAACCCAAAAUACAAGGAUAUAAAACACAAAGAGCGGAUUUGGGAAGAGAUUUCCAAAGAAAUAAAUAUGUCAGCUAAGGAAUGCAAAAUAAAGUGGAAGAGCCUGCGGGAUAAAUACCGAAAAAUUAAAAAUUUUGAAAAUCUUCUCUCCGGUUCUCAACAAAAGCUUGGGCCUGCUUGGAAGUGUGCGGCAAGCAUGGAAUUUUUAGCGGAAUCUAUGGAACCUGCCAGUACAACCAGCAACGUUUCCGCUGAUUUGGACACAUGGGAUGGUCCGAAGACAGCAAUAGCCAGUUGUCGAACACCACCAGCACCAACAAAAGUAGAAAACGGAGCAGCGAUGGUCUCUUCACAGAAGUACUUCUGGCUAUGAAGAGAAAAUAUGAAGAACCUACGACAACAACAACAACAGAUAAGCCCAACACUUUUUUGGUAUGCUGAGGAGCAAAUUAGAUAGGCUCCCAGAAGGUGAAAUAGAUGACGUAGAGAUAGAAAUUUUAAAUUUAGUUAAGAGGAAAAUAAAUAAAAAUUAAUA